AUGGAAUCGACCGGGUUUACCUUCCUCAACUCGACGGGAGCGUCGCUUCCUGGACCAGCAGCCAAGCGGAUGAGAGCGCACAUCACCAGAACCAACUUCGCCAAACGGCGCCAACGGAUCGCUGCCACCGGGGCCAGCAUCAAGCCAGAUGUGAAGAGAACGCGCACAGGACGAAAUGAGGCGGAGGAUGAAGAUCGAGGCGUCGCUCCACCACCCACAUUAACGCGAACUGCAACCGACAUCGCAGCUUUCCACAAAAUCCAAGAACUCGUCUUCCUGGAAGGCAGACAUACGGCCGGCAGCGCAAGCGAAGCAGCCUGGUUCAACCUCAUUGCGUCGGAGCCAGCGCUGGUCGAGGCAUCGCUGGCUGUAGCCGUGCGACAAUGGUCGCCAGACAACACCUGGCAGUCGAAGGCCGACUACCACUCGUACACAGCAGUCCGGCUGAUCAAACAGCGAAUCACAAGCAUAACGACUCCGUCGGACGGUGUCCUGGGCGCAGUCAUCACGAUGGCACUGGGCGCUUCUCUCGGGCAUGAUGAGAUCGCCUGGAAAAUCCAUAUGGAUGGUCUUGCUCACAUCGUUCAGGAGAGGGUGGCUAGAGAUCCGCAGAGCCUGCCUUCAUGGUUUGUCGAUCUGAUUAUCCAGGACUCAAUCAAUAACAUCUUUGAGUUCCCGAGAGUCUGGCAUCCGAGGAUCGUUGAGAUCUUGGGCGAAAGUCACGAUCGGCGAAUACUGAAACUGGCGGAGAUCUGCGAUAGUGUUACUGAGGUACGGAAGACGAUUAGUUCGUUUCACGAGAGCCCGUCAGAUGUUGCCAUUGCCCAGGAGAUCGAAGAGCCCCUGGCUAGACUGCACUACGAAGCGCGCAACCUGCGAGCGCCAGACAACCUGCACAUCGACGCUGCAGCACGAGCCAUCGAACUGGUCCUCUACCUGCUCAGGCCGACCCAGUCGAGCGCCCAUCUGGCUCUCCUCGCUGCCGAGCUAAAGGAAGUGAUAUCCAGAUUCCCGAUCAAGGGAUGUACAUAUAUGGACUUGACCUCGUUCCAGCUCAUGAUCGGGGCCAUUGCUGCCGACCGAGCCUCGCCCGUAAGGACCUGGUUUGUGGAAAAGAUUUUGAAGCCGGUGCGAUGGAUGCAGGAGCGUGGAUGGCGCGCUCCGUUAAGCAUCGUGGAGACGGUUGGGAGUGAUCCUGGUGAUACACUCGUUGGACGGCUCAGCGCCCUUUGGAAAGAGCUGUAUGAUUUGGGUGACCACAAAACAAUUAACAAGGAUAGCCAGAAUGGCGGCAUGAUGCCAGACCAUCGACAGCCAGUCGUCGAAGUGACUACAGUCCCUCAGGAAAUUGAUUCGGCGCCGAGCAACUGA